UUUCCUAAAACACAAAGCAAAUUACGUUGUCGCUGUCUUUUUUUGUGUCACCUCACGUCUUUCACCACUGCCCUCCCCCCUUGGUCUAAUCCUGACAAGAUAGAGUAUCCAACAAAACCCUGUUAGAUCAGAUCAGUUUUUAUCACUUUCACUAUAUAGAUAAGAUCUCCAGCUCCAAUCCUGGUGAAUUAUGGAAAAUAUUUUGCUUUUCUUUAAAGGCUUCUUAUUUGAAGGCAGAUUGGUUUCUGGGUUUUGAGAGUUUUGAGAUUUGGUUGUGUGUAGAGGGAAAAAAGAAAGGAUUUUUGGGGUUUUGGUUAGAUUGUGAUCAUGUGAUUCUUGGCUUGAUUUUGGAGGAGGAUUUGGUGGGUUUUGUUUAUUUGAGGGAUUAAGCAAGAAUUGGAGGUGGAAGUUUUAAGACUUUGCUGCUUUUGGAAUUUGCUUUCCUUAUUUUUUUUCUUGGAGGAAUCAGUUAAAAGUGGGAGUUCUAUUCUUUUUCUGAUUAAAUUUUUAGCAAGUAAAGAAGUUUUGACACAGAGAAUAACAUUACAAGCAACCAGGUGAUCUCAAAAGAUCAAAGAUUGCGGCAAGGAAAUGGCAACUUUAGUGGAGCCUCCGAAUGGAAUUAGGCCAAGCGGGAAGCAAUAUUACUCAAUGUGGCACACUGUAUUUGAGCUUGAUUCAAAGUAUGUUCCAAUUAAGCCUAUAGGUAAAGGGGCUUAUGGUGUUGUUUGCUCUUCGAUUAAUCGGGAAACAAAUGAGAAAGUUGCCAUCAAGAAAAUCAAUAAUGUGUUUGAGAACAAGAUUGAUGCUUUGAGGACUCUGAGAGAGUUGAAGCUUCUUAGACAUAUCCGGCAUGAGAAUGUAAUUGCUCUGAAGGAUGUUUUGAUGCCUAUUCAUAGGACAAGUUUCAAGGAUGUGUAUUUGGUUUAUGAGCUCAUGGAUACAGAUUUGCAUCAGAUUAUCAAGUCCUCACAACCACUUUCCAGUGAUCAUUGCAAGUAUUUUAUAUUUCAGUUGCUACGUGGGCUGAAUUAUCUCCACUCUGCAAACAUUCUUCAUCGGGACCUGAAGCCUGGAAAUCUCCUUGUCAAUGCUAACUGCGACCUGAAGAUAUGUGAUUUUGGGCUGGCACGAACAAGCAGAGGCAAUGAACAGUUCAUGACUGAGUAUGUUGUUACCCGAUGGUAUCGUGCACCUGAGCUGCUACUCUGCUGUGACAAUUAUGGAACCUCCAUUGAUGUCUGGUCUGUCGGAUGUAUCUUUGCUGAGAUUCUUGGCCGCAAACCUAUCUUCCCUGGAACAGAAUGUCUGAACCAGCUGAAGCUAAUUAUCAGUGUCCUCGGGAGCCAAAAUGAUACUGAUCUAGAGUUCAUUGACAACCCAAAAGCCAGGAGGUACAUCAAAACACUUCCUUAUACAAGGGGAACCCAUCUCUCACACCUGUACCCUCAUGCUGAUCCUCUGGCCUUAGACUUGUUGCAAAGGAUGCUGGUGUUUGAUCCUAGCAAGAGAAUUACAGUGACAGAAGCACUUCUACACCCUUACAUAUCAGGGCUGUACGAUCCAAGACGCGACCCACCAGCACAGGUUCCUAUCAAUCUUGACAUAGAUGAGAAUCUUGGGGAACAUAUGAUUAGGGAGAUGAUAUGGGAUGAGAUGCUUCAUUACCACCCUGAAGCUGUGUUAGCUCGUAGAUAGAUUAUGUUUCAAAAUCCUUUUUCUAGUGUGUCUGUGAGAUCAGUUAAAUAUUUCCACUUGGAAGCAUGGCGUUGAGAGAAUGUACGUGAUAUUUACCAAGAUUUUGUUUGGACAUUUUGUUUAUUAGUUUUGAGUUUCUGAGCCGGACUAUGGCAUCCUGUAAAUUGUAAAUUGGCAUGCCAUCAUUUAUUGUGAUCUAUAAAAUAUAUCUAGCAAUGUAGACAUCUUGAUUUGGAAUAACACGAUAAUGUUGAUGCAUCAA